UACGUUUUAUUCAAUUUCGAAAUUUAUAACUGUUAUCAUCAUCAUUAUUAUUAUUUGCAUGUUUUUUUUCUUCUGUUGUUGUUCGAAGAUACCACCGGUUUACUUGUUGUACAGAUUCAUUUUGAUCGAACAAAAUUGCUUUUUGCAGUUUGGAAUUUUGGAAUUUUGGAAUUUAAAACAAACAAACAAAAAAAAUAGAAUAAUGUCGAUUAUUAAGGAAGAGAUUUUCGACGAACAACAAACAACAUUGUUGUCGUCGUCGUCUUCGUCGACACAUCUUUACAAUUCGAAUCAAGUUUCGAAUAAAAAUCCGGAAUUUUCUUCGAAUAAAUAUUUUACAAAUAAUGGUGGCGAUUUUAAUCAUUAUCAACCAUCAUUAAGCCAAGAUAAUGUUGUCAUCGAAGAAAAAUGGGAAACCACAAUCUAUAAUGGUGGUAGUGUUGUUGUUGGUGGUGGUGGUGAUGAUGGAGAAAAUCCUGAAAUUAAUAACGAAAAUGGUCUAUUGCCAUCGAUUCAUUCAGAAUCCAAUGGAAUUAUUAUGGUAGAUAAUAAUGACAGUAAUGUUGAUCAUAAUAAUUUUAUGAAUCAACCACCAAUUGAUGGGUGUUUGUAUGCAAAUAUGCAAAAUUUUUCGGAUUCAAAUUUUGCACCAAUACCAUACAACAAUUAUCCUCCAUUAUAUUCAAUCGAAAAUCAUACAAAUUUUGUUCAUUCAAAUUCGAUCGACCAACAACAACAACUGAUGAAUGAAUCCUAUUAUGAUCCAAAUCAAAUGAUUUAUUUUCCCGAUCAAACGUUCUAUUAUCGAGAUGAAGAGGGUAGAUAUUAUAAUGUUCAUUAUUGUUGGGAUAAUGGUUCAAUGAUUUAUUCAGGUUCAGCUGGAUUUUAUCCUAACGAAAUUGGCCUUGAUCAUCAUCAACAAUAUCAAUAUCAUCAACAACCAUAUAAGAUUGAAGAAAAUCAUGAUAAUAGUCCGACCAAUAUGAUAAUCGAUAAUAAUAAUGAUCAUCGAUUAGGUAAUGAAAACGAAAUGGUUGUAAACACUACCGGUGAAUCAAGUGUCGAUAGCAAUGAAGAUUCUCAACAACAAAUUGUUGCUUCUGAUACUGUUGCUACUGGUUCUGCUGCUGCUAUCAAUGAUUAUUAUGAUGAUGAAGAUGAUGAUGAUGAAGAAGAUGAAAAUGAUAAAGAAAAUCGACGUAGAUAUUGUAAAAAUCAUGAAAUGAAUCCAAAAUAUGUUCAUCAACGUUUUCCAAUAAAACUAUGGAAUCUAGCAUCGGAUCAAUCAUUCAAACCGAUACGAUGGUCAAGAGAUGGAAUGAGUGUUAUUAUUAAUGAACACAAUCUUGAACCGAAUCUUGGUUAUUAUUUUCGUUCGAAAAAAUUUUCAUCAUUUUUGCGACAACUUCAUCUGUAUGGAUUUCGAAAAGUAACACGUGCACGAAAUCAUCAUCAUCGAAUCGAUGAUCAUCACCAUCAUCAUAAUCAUCAUCACAAUGAAUUUCUAUCCGAAUAUCAAUGUAAUUAUUUUCAACGUGAUAAUUUUGAAUUGGCAAAAAAAAUACGUCGAUAUUAUUCGAAUAAUCAUAAUAAUUCGUCAUCACAAUCACGAUCAUCAUCCGAACCGAUUUCAUCGCAACAAUCAUUGGAUAAUAAUCAUCAUCAUCAUCAUCAUCUUCUUCUGGAUAAUAUCGGUCCACGUGAUGUUGAUCAACAACAUUACCAUCCAUCAAUCGAUACAUGUUAUUAUCAUCAUCAUAUUUAAUAUAUAUUUCAAAUAUAUUUCCUAUUCUCUUUUUGU